GAUUGAGUCGCAAGCGACAGACGACAAAGAAACCAUGAUGGGUGUGAGGUUCGCUGCUGGCCGCAACGUCACGGCGUCCCCAUCAAUCGCCUCCAACCCUCCGAAAGCAAAACGACCCCUCCUGAACCCGGCGAAGCUAGAGAGUGAGUCUCCAACGCUGAACGAUAUCACGAAAGAAGAAGCAAUUCUGGUAGAGUCCUCUCCCAUGAAGAACUGUGUGCAAGAUGCCUUGAAAUCGUCGACUAGGGAUGCGAGACACGAGCUGGUGAGAGAAGACGAAGAGGACAUAAAUCUUGAAAGGCCGGCGAGAGUCGUAAGCACACUGGAAUGGGGGAACUUCCCAAUUGACGAGGAAGUGGGUGAGUUGCGUGCUGGGGGCGGAGAGGAUCAAAAAAUCGGUCUAGAAUAGGGAGAAAAUAGAGCUUCACCUUGGCCAGGACCUGGGCCGAACAGGGGGACAACGAUUGCGUUAACUUAUGCAGGUCUAGGAAUUGGAGUGAAGUUAUCCGUUCAGGGGUGUGUUGGGCCACGAAUGGGAGGUUUGAUCAGAGGUUUAUUGUACGGUGUCAAUCCAGCGCGUUCUGAAAUUGAUUCCGCGAAUAAAGGAAAACCGAUGCU